AUCGCAUGUGUAGUUGAAUAUUUCAAGCAGCGAAAUUUGUCUUCUACGUUGAUCAACCAUUUUCGCAUUCGGCUCAGUGACGUCCAUGGGCUAUUGAUGGUUGGGGCUUUGAAGACUUUGUACUGAAUUCCCAUUGGAUGGAUGGAAUGUCCAUCUUACCCAAACAAGUGAAAACGGAGACUCCAGUGGCCACUUCCUGUGGAAACAGGGAUCAAAGGUAAGAAGGCUGAACUCUGAAGCUGGAACUGAAGAUUGCUUUAAACAAGCAAGUCCUUGAAGAAGGUUUUUUAAGUCAUGAUGCAAGAAUCUGGGACAGAGACGACGAGUAACGGUUCAGCCUGUCAGAACGGAGGGAGCGUGGAAGGAAGCGCGAGGGACGGGAGGCCCAAGAGCGAGACCCCCUCGGCGGACCUCACGGCGGCCGACCUGGCACAUCUCCAGCAGCACCAGGCUUUACAAGUUGCACGGCAGAUACUUCUUCAGCAGCAACAACAGCAGCAGCAACAGCAGCAACAGCAACAGCAGCAGCAACAGCUGCAGAGCAGCACUCUGAAGUCCCCCAAAGCCAGCGAGAAACCGACAGGCCUACAGGUUCCAGUGUCAGUGGCUAUGAUGACACCACAGGUGAUAACUCCACAGCAGAUGCAGCAAAUUCUUCAGCAGCAGGUCCUGAGCCCUCAGCAGCUCCAGGUUCUUCUUCAGCAGCAGCAGGCCCUCAUGUUACAGCAGCAGCAACUUCAAGAGUUCUACAAGAAGCAGCAGGAACAGCUACAUCUCCAGCUCCUACAGCAGCAGCAUGCGGGGAAACAGAGUAAAGAGCCUCAGGUCUCGGCUCAGCAGUUGGCCUUUCAGCAGCAGCUCCUCCAGGUCCAGCAGCUCCAGCAGCAGCACCUCCUCAACCUGCAGAGGCAGGGCCUGCUAUCCAUCCAACCUGGCCAGAGCGCCCUGCCCCUCCACUCUCUCACUCAGGCCAUGAUUCCAGCGGAACUUCAGCAGCUGUGGAAGGAGGUGACAAAUGCACACGUGAAGGAGGAAAAUAGUACCAACAGCCAUGGCAGCCUGGACCUGUCAUCCCCCGCCACCCCCAAAAACCCGCUUCUCAACCAGCAUGCUGCCACUAACGGCCAAUACAUGGGACACUCGCUGAAGAGGGAGAGCUCCACACUGGAUGACCACUCCCACCACAGUCACCCGCUGUACGGACAUGGGGUGUGCAAAUGGCCAGGGUGUGAGGCUGUUUUUGACGACUUUCAAUCAUUCCUCAAGCAUCUGAACAGUGAGCAUGCGCUGGACGACAGGAGCACAGCACAGUGUCGAGUGCAGAUGCAGGUCGUUCAGCAGCUGGAACUGCAGCUAGCAAAAGACAAAGAGCGUCUGCAAGCCAUGAUGAAUCAUCUACAUGUCAAAUCCACUGAGCCCAAACCAACCCCACAGCCACUUAACCUGGUGUCCAAUGUUACCCUCUCUAAGACGGCUCCAGAAGCCUCCCCUCAAAGCUUACCUCAGACCCCCACCACGCCCACCACCCCCCUCACACCACUGUCCCAGGGCCCCUCGGUCAUCACACCCAACAACCUGCAUAGCGUGGGACCAAUACGCAGACGCUACUCUGAGAAAUACAACAUGCCCAUCUCUCCAGAUAUUGUUCAGAACAAAGAGUUUUACAUGAACGCUGAAGUAAGACCCCCCUUUACCUAUGCCUCCCUAAUAAGACAGGCCAUUCUUGAAUCUCCAGAGAAGCAGCUAACACUAAAUGAAAUCUACAACUGGUUCACACGAAUGUUUGCAUAUUUCAGGCGCAACGCCGCAACAUGGAAGAAUGCAGUCCGGCAUAAUCUUAGUCUUCACAAGUGUUUUGUGCGAGUAGAAAACGUAAAAGGGGCGGUAUGGACUGUGGAUGAAAUAGAGUUCCAAAAGAGAAGGCCGCAAAAGAUCAGUGGAAGCCCUGCCCUGGUGAAGAACCUACAGACCGGUCUGGGCUAUGGUCCAGCUCUUUCUGCAGCCUUUCAGGCUUCGAUGGCAGAAAAUAACAUACCUCUAUACACUACUGCUUCCAUGGGAAGUCCCACUCUGAACUCCCUGGCCAACGCGUUCCGAGAGGAGAUGAAUGGAGCGAUAGACCAUGGAAACAGCAACGGCAGUGACAGCAGCCCGGGACGCUCCCCUUUGCCAGCUAUGCAUCAUAUCAACGUUAAAGAGGAACCACUGGACCCUGAGGAUCACGAAGGUCCACUGUCCCUAGUGACGACGGCCAACCACAGCCCAGAUUUCGACCACAACCGAGAUUACGAGGAUGACCAAGGGAACGAUGACAUGCAGUAGGCUUGUCCCCCAAGGUGCCCCCCUCCCUUCCAAGAGACAAAACUAACUCGAAUCAUCUGUGCUGUGUUUACCACAGACAAAAUUAAUGAAAUAAAUAAAUAAAGGCUGGGAUCUCAGUCUUCUGUUGACAGCUAUAAAAAUGUUUCAACUGACUUUUAGUGCCAUUAAAUACAAAUGAGAAAACGUGAGAAAAAAAAAGAAAAAAAUAUCCCAUUUGGGAGUAUUUUUGAGUUAUUUCUACUUUUUGUUUAAGAGAAAAAAGAAUCAUUUUUACUCAACGUACAUUGGAUGGACCUGUUUGGUACUUGGGACUUGUUGACGUGGUCGGCCUGAUGUCCCUGGAGGCAGGACGGACACACAGAGAGCAGCUUAAAAGGACUGUUAAGUGUGUGUGUCACUCAGCCGCUUUCCCUGAGCAUGGACUGCAGGACUCAGACACAACUCGAGCCCAUGAACUCAGAGAGAUUUUCUGACGGGACGUUCGAUUUACACAGUGUGUGGAUUCAGUUCAUUAUCACUGCCUUCAGUCUGCAUUGGUUUGCUUCCAUUAAGUUUGGGAAAGAGCGUUUUUGUGUUUGGG